AUGGACGCUGAUCACCGCCAUGUCUGCAAGUUCGACAGCCACCCGGACCCAAACUACAAGAUGCUGCGAAAUGCUCUUCUCACAGCUGUCGAUGCAAUACGGUCAUCUCGGCCCGAGACUCCGCCACCGCAGCCAUCCUCCCUGUCUGGACAUAUCCUGCGGCUGAGUAGUGCUCCAUCUCUGUCCGAUGCCACAGCAGCUGCGCUCCUUCGCUCUUUUUUAGGAACUGGAGACUCCUUCGAGACCGACUUGGCAGCUCUGCAGGUCCUCAAGCAGCCGGGGUCAUGCCAGUGGUUCACCAGCUUUUUUCUUUGGACACGACUGGUCGUACAAGAGUUUGAGGGUGAUGAGAUCAUGGAGGUUGUGUUGGAACAGGUGCCUGCCGACCUGUUCGCCUUCUAUCGUCGAAUGUCGGAAUCCAUUACUUUCAAGAAACGAAAAGCUACCCUUGCAAAGUCCAUCUUGACUUAG